UUGUCUUGUUCGUGUCGCCUCUAUCAGAAUGCGUUAAUUUAUCACACACAAUGUGCCUGAAACCCAACACACCAAGAGCAACACACAGCACCAACAACGACAACGACAACGACAACGACAACGACGACGAUGACGAUGACGACGACGACAACGAAAAACUUCACUAAACUUUCAUUUCAAUAAAUGAUUUUCAUAAAUUCGUUCGAUUUUCACACGGCAGCGAAUAAAAUCCCUCCAAAUAAAACAAAACUCAUUCAAAUGGCCAUUUGCCAAAUUUCAAUUAAUGGCAUUGCAAUUGAUUUUACUUUGAUUGGUGCGUUUCGACCGUAUUUGAUGUGUUGUUGUGAUCAAGUGUGCUGUAUGCCUGAUAUUUUUGAUUAUCAUGUCGUUGCCUGUUCUCUCCAUACAUGUAUGUACAACGAACGAAGAAAUUUUUUUUUAAUAAAUUCCCCGUUCUUUGGCCAUUUCCACAAUCAUACAAGAUGAUGACAACGACGACGACGACGACGACGACGACGACGACAAACCAAUUUAUGCGAGAAAUCAAUUGGAAUGAGCAAUCGCCAUACUCCUCUCUGAUUAGACUUUUCAAAAUGCAAUUUAAAUCACAAAACAAAACACAAAUUCUCGGUCAUUUUCCGAACGAGUGUGAACGAACAGAAGUGGAAAAAAAAAAUUAUGUGUGUGCGAUCAGCAAAAUAAAAUGAGUAGAAAAAGAAAACGAAGCUUGAAGUUGAGUUUUGUGUCAUUUAACGUUGGUGCGCGUCAUUUCCGAACUUAUCGCGAUUGUUUGCUUGUCUUUUUCGCACUGCCAAAGCAACGCUCGCUCGCAUUUGUCUGCGUUUUUUUUUUAAAUUUCAUGUGUAAAUUUCGUGUUGUGUUCUCUUUUUUUUCGUCGUUUUUCUAUAUAUUAUUUUCGUUCUUUUCGUCUUUUGUACACUCAAUAAUUUUGGUUUUAUUUGUUGUGCCCUGUGCAUGAGUUCUAAGUUAUAUCUUAGUAACAAUCUUUAAGUUCGGUUUUUUCAUUCUUCUUCAUACACACGUAUUGAAAUGCAUAUCGCAGAACACAUUUUGACUUAUACAAAUUUUUCACAUAUUCGGUGGCUAAAUAAUAUAAAAAUGAAUUUGGUAUAUAGAUAAUACGCGAGAGCGCAAUGGAAAAAUGCGAAUUCUUUGGCGAACAUUUCGCUGUGUUUAAACACAAAUGUGAUAAAGAUGUAACUUCAUACGGUCAAACAUGUUCUACACAGCCAUCAUUAUUUGACAUCUCGAUGCGCGAUAGGUGUCCCCCCAGUUGUAUAGAAGUCAUCAAACAACAUAUUAAAUUCGGUUGAAUGUUUAUCCAUAAUCAUCGGUAUAGUGCCUUCCACCACAAUAUUUGAUACAAACACAUUUACAACGCAACAGUUUAGCUUUAAACAUUCAAAAAUAACAAUAGCAACAGUCGAAAUUGCACAUCAUUUACAGUGUCGAUUGUGUUUUAAAAACGAUCAACAAAAUUGGAACCAACCAGCGAGCGACCGAACGAGAGAGAGAGAGAGAGAGAGAGAGAGAGAAAGCAAGUUUAUGAGUUGAGAGUCCAAUGUCGAUCAAUGUGGAUAAAAUGGAUUCAAAACACGACGAUUCGUUGCACAAACCAAAGCCAGUGAUGAAGCGGCGCAAAAAAAAUUCAUCGGCUAGUGAUUUGUCGAGUGAUUCAUUGUCACCAAAGAAACGUAUACCGAAUGGUUUUGCCGAAGAAUAUCGAUCGUCACCAGAGACAACAUUUAAUUCAUCGUAUCACAAUAGUAUACCGAUGAAUGGAUCGUUAAACACAACAAAUGGCCAUCAUAAUCACCUGAAUGGGUCGGUCAUCGAUCAUACAAACGAUUUGAAUAUAAUGGAAGUGGUUAGUCAAAAUGGUUCCAUAAGAUCGAUUGACAGUGGAUCGCCGAUGCAUUCGGCCACAGCAAAUCUUCAUCACCAUUAUGACGAUAGUGAUAGCGCAUCUAGUGUGAAUAGGAGCAGUGGAAGCAGCAGCGGUUGCAGCGGUGAUGGUGGCGGUGGUGGUGGCAAUGGUCGACGUCAACCGCGUACGCCCGAAGAUUUCUAUUUGUUUUGUCAGUUUAUUUUAGAAUACGCUAACUAUAAUGAAAUGUGUAGUCAAGAAACUUUGCGAAGCUCAACUCAUAGUCCAUUGGAUAGUACGGGAAGCGCGACUGAGUCGACGACAAGCAGCGCUAUGAAUGAUGAAUCGAAUCAUGCGAUUUCAACGGUUAACGAUUCAACAAAAGAAGAGCUAGAAGAUGAGGGUAAAGAUUUAGAUGGUUCGAAUACGAUGCUUAAUGACACAAGCACCGACGAUGUGACAAAGGCCAUGAGCGCCAUUGAUGCGUCAUCGGCAAAUGAAGAUGAAGAUUCGGAUGUCGACGCCGAUUCAUACAAUUUGAUAACAUGUUACUGUGGUAAACCGUAUGCGGGUCGGCCGAUGAUCGAGUGCUCGUGCUGUUUAACGUGGUUGCAUUUGUCGUGUGCAAAAGUCAAGCGUAAAAAGAUUCCCGAAUUAUUUUACUGCGUAAAAUGUACAAAAUCGACGACGGGUCAACAACGGCCAUCGUUGUCAGCGACACAAACCUCAUCACCACCACCACCAACAACAAAUCAUCCCAAAGAUCAUCAAUCCAAUAAUGAGCCAAAAGAGAAUAAUCGUUCCAAGAAAUCGACCGCUUCAAAUACAACAAUGUCACAGACGCGUUCCGAUAAGCUCGAGAACAAUAUUCUGCAGCCGCUAAAUGUGAGCGCCGCUGCAUAUGAAACGGGUGCUAACAAUAUAGACAACAUAAAAACUACAUCGACUGUUUCAAGCAUUGCCGUCAAGUACAAAUAGAUAUUUUCAUAUAUACAAAAGAAAAGACAGAAAAACUACACGCAAAAUGGUGAGAGAGAGAGAGAGAAAAAAGCGAGCAGAGCACACACAUUUUGUGUGUAUAUGCGCGCAAUAUUUAUGCAAUUUGAACGGCAGCAAACGAUUUUGAUACAUUUCCGUGACCACAUUUGAAGAUACAGAGGCAGAAUGGAACAAGAAGAGAAUUCUCGCGUUGGAAGAAAGAGAAAACGAAGAAAAAACACACACAAUUCGCGCAACUGAAAUCGCGUACAAUUGAUUCGUUUCUUAUGUUUUUAGGGAAAGUAGAAACAAACCUUGAAAAGCCAUUUUUUUCGUUCUUUUUUUUAAAAAGGGGAUUUUCAUGAAAUUACAUGAUGUACAUAAAUUAUACAUACAUUUUAUUUUGUUUAUACAAACACUUUUUUUUUUCUAAAAAAAAAACACACACGCAUGAUAUUGGCAAAAGAUUUACGGUUCCAAAAUAAUGGACGAUUUAUAAGUGAAAAAGAGGGAGAGAAAAAAAAAGUGUGGCAGAAUUUAAAGAAAAAAACAAUUAAUGUUAAACAAUUUUUACAUUUAAUUUGAAUGAAAUGAAAAUGUUAAGCAACAAAAA